ACCUAGAAUGUUGUUUUAUAGAUAUGUUCUACACACACACACACAUAUAAAUAUACUAUAUACUAUAUAGAGAGAAAGAGAAGUAGAGAGAUUAUAUAUAGAAGUGUAUCGCUUUCAUAUAAUUUCGAUGAGAAACACUUGUUACUUGUCAAAUGCACACUUCCUAGUUGGUUGAGGACAAGUAAGUUUGCUCAAACAAACAAAAGGACAGAGAAAGAAAAAUGUUUUACGUCAACUUUAAAAUUGCAUUAGAUAGUAUUUUAAAAUAACAUGCCCUUUUAUUAAAAGUAAUUAUAUUUGUCUUUGUGGAGUGUGGCGUUCACACCACACGGUGGCGACAUUUGUAAAAGUUAAAUCUAAAUCAUGUCAGAACGUUUUUUAUUAUUAAAAUUGAUUAUAUAACAGAAUAGUUUAUUGUGGUCGUACUCAGGACAUUGGAUGUUCUGUGAUGUCCUAUUUCGUAAAGUACAAUUAUUUGACUGUGUGAAAAGACGCGCUACGUCUCUAUUAUUUUGUAAUUUUAUUACGUGUAGUAUAAAUACAUCUUCUGAUGUCAACACCAAUUUAACCUAUAGCUGAAUGUUGUGAAAGUGGGAGGUUUCAUUUAGUCGUUGAUUAUUUCAAGAAAAAACACGAAUGUAGAUUUGCAGAAGAAGAAUCUGAAACGGGACGAGAGAAGCAAUUACACCAGGUCACCAACUGCUGCUCAACACCCCAUCCUGCUGAGCUUCUGCAAUUGUAAAGACAGAAUCUUUACAAUUGCAGAAGCCUUACCUCCUCACCUUCAGUCUCCUCAUCUCAUUCAUUCUCAAUUACUUCCUUCUUUUUUUUCAUGUUAAACUUUUUCCUCCUUUUUCAGUCCCACCUUCCUUCCUUUCCCUUCCUCUAAGCCUCAUAUCCAUCAGUCUCAUCUUAUUCCUCCUUUUCAGUUUUUCUUCUUCUUCUCAGUCUCCUCUCAUUUAUCCUAAUUCUCACCCCCUCUCCUUUACUCUUAUCGAAUUUCUCGUUUCCUUUCCUUAGUUUCACCUUCUUCCUUCCCUCAGCUUCACCUCCUUCAGCCCGUCUCAUCUCGCUCUCAACACCUCCUCCUCUAUUCUCCGCUCACCCGAGGCUCUCAGGAACGCGCACGCGUGCGGAGCUGCGUGGGAAUGGCUGUUAGUGUGAUUGUGGGGGUUGGGCCCCUCGUUUAGAGCGGCAGAGCUGCAUGAGUUUGUAAUGUCCGCCAUGUUGGCCAUGGCGUAUUGAACCGGGGGAGGAACAGCGGAGCUCAGGGAGAGAAUAGACCGACAGAGAGCGACCGAGACCCGGGGCCUGCCCGGCUCUGCUCGCGCUGCAACGGACCAGAGAACGCUCUCAACCGACCGUUUGAAACACAGAGGCCGUCACAGUUUCAUCCAUGAGAACUCGAAGCAGAUUUGCAGCGAUUCCGAGCAGAUCCAAUAGAUUUGUGCUGCAUCUUUUGCUAUAAAAAUGAGUAAAUUGUCGUUUCGGGCACGGGCGCUGGAUGCUAGCAAACCGCUCCCUGUCUUCCGCUGCGAGGAUCUGCCUGACCUGCACGAAUAUGCCUCCAUUAACAGAGCUGUACCGCAGAUGCCGACGGGGAUGGAGAAGGAAGAAGAAUCGGAGCACCAUCUCCAGCGGGCCAUUUCAGCACAGCAGGUUUACGGAGAGAAGCGGGACAACAUGGUCAUCCCUGUCCCCGAGGCAGAGUGCAACAUUACGCACUAUGAGGGCCUCUACCCCGGGGACUUUAAGAUGCCAAAGCAGCUCAUUCACCUACAGCCUUUCAGUUUGGACACAGAACAACCAGACUACGACCUAGAUUCAGAGGAUGACUCAUUUGUGAAUAAACUGAAGAAGAAAAUGGAAAUCACAGCCCUGCAGUUUGAGGAAAUGGUUGACCGAUUGGAGAAAGGCAGCGGACAGCAGCUCGUAAGUUUGCCAGAAGCUAAACUACUAUUGAAGGAGGAUGAUGAGCUGAUCAAAGAGGUGUUUGACUACUGGAGCCGCAAACGAAAAACCUUCAAGGCUGGGGUCCUCAUCCCCAAUGUGAAGCAGGAGAAGAGAGAUGGCUCCAGCACCAGCGACCCCUAUGUGGCCUUCAGACGACGAACCGAGAAGAUGCAGACGAGGAAGAACCGAAAGAACGACGAGGCAUCUUACGAGAAGAUGCUGAAGCUGCGUCGGGACCUGAGCAGAGCGGUCACCAUCCUAGAGAUGAUCAAGAGACGAGAGAAGAGUAAGCGGGAACUGCUGCACCUCACAUUGGAGAUAGUGGAGAAGAGAAACACAAUGUCAGACUUUGGCAGUGAGGUGAUGGCAGAGGCUCUGGCACAGCGGGCUCUGGUCAAACCUGUCUACACAAUCCCCAUCAUUCCUCUGUCCAACAGUAACCAGUACAGACACCAGGACCACAUGGACAUGAAGGACUACAAGAAGCCAGAGAAGACGGAGGCAGUGCGAACUAAAAGGAAAUACGAAAAGAAACCCAAGAUCCCGCCCCUGUCUGCACCUCAACAUUCAGAACCCUUGGUGUUCAAUCCCAAGGACCUCAACCAGUAUGAUUUUCCCAGCUCAGACGAAGAGCCCUAUUCACAGAUUCAUUCAGGUUCCUCGGAGGCAGAAGAGGAGAAUGACCCAGACGGCUGCUUCGCCUUCAGGAGGAAAGCCGGCUGUCAGUACUAUGCUUCUCGUCCAGACCAUUGUGGUAACUGGCCCUGGGUUAGUCCAUCAGAAGGUGGCCUCGGGGAUUCCCGCUUCCGCUACUGUUUAACUUCGCUGAACUGGCCACGACGCUGCAUAGGUUUGGCGAGGCGUCGGCUGGGCAGAGGCGGCAGGGUGUUGUUGGACAGAGCGCACACAGAUGUGGAGAACAUCUGUCAGAUCCUGGAUUCAGACCCUGAACCAGAACCACUCACUACGCCACUUCCCAGCUCUCCGUUCCGAAACUCUAACGGCAGUACCUCAAAUGAAAACAAUACCUCAGACCUGGCCAACCCCACUUCAUCCCCCCUGUCCUCAUCCUCAGCAACGCUCAUGGACCUCAGCCACAUUCUUUUAAAAAUCAAGUCCUGCCGCUGGAGGCACUUCAGACCACGGACGCUAUCCCAUCACCACCUGGGUGACGGUGAUUUGUCUCGGAGAGUAUUUAGGGAUUGUAGCCGGACAGUGUCAGGACUAAACAGGACCUUGUCUGGAGGAUCCAGCUCCCAGAACCGCACUGGUCUGGUUCUGACUCCAGCUAACGUGUUCACAGCAGAGCAGUACCAGCAGCACCAGGAGCAGUUGGUCCUCAUGCAGAAGCAGCAGCUGGAGCAGUCCCAACAGCAACAGCAGCAGCAACAACAACAUCAACAUCAACAAAAACAGCAGCAACAACAGCAGCAGCAACAACAAGCCAACAACUCUGUGACAAUGACCAACACGAAGACACUCGUGUCCAAGACGUUGGACCAGGCCAGUGCCCAGUUUGCUGCUUCAGCACUUGUCACCACAGACCAGCUGCUGAGCUUCAAGUCCAAAGAAGAGCUAGUGCUGGCGAGUGGAGUAAACGGGGUCCUCACAGGUGCAGGUGUUUUCAAAGGUUUGCACCUUUCUACAACCACGGCAGUUCUUCACCAGACAAAUCAAUCAGCCACACAUACCACCACCACAGCCCAGACUUUUCUCCAGCCCUCCUCAAACGCCACCACGCCCUCACCUGCCAACGCCAUCUCCACCUCUCACAACUCCAACCCCAGCAACCACACAGCAGCAGCGUUGGGGAUCCUGGGAUGCAACAGCCCUAACUCCACCCCCGUCACCACUCAGGUCCUACUCGGGAAUAACAUCUGUCUAAGCGUGCCGUCAGCCGCCAGUCUGGCUGGACGCCACAUCCCACGCACUCUUGGCACCGUGCCGGCCUCUGCCUUAAAGCUGUCCGCCGCCACCAACCUGCAGAUGCCCAAAGUCUCUGCAGCAUCGCCCAUGGACAUGGGCUCAAAGGAUAAUCAUGAAGAAGACAAGCCAGCACUGAACAGUAUAGCAGACAACACAGUGGCCAUGGAGGUGACGUAGUACCGGUGAUGGAUGGAGUUCACUCUAUCAGGUGCUGUGCAUCGUAGCAUCGGGAAUGCAAAAGGGACGGUGGGACUCUUGACACGGAAUGACCGACGGCUGCAGCCGCUCGCUUGCAAUUUUCAUCUCUCAUUCUUUAAAAAUCUUUUUUUCUUUUGUUACUGUUAAAGUUUAAAAAAAAGUUGACAUCUGUAAAUUAUGAAUAUGGCAAAAUUAGUAUGUGUACAGUAACUACAUAUUUGUAAUAUCCCCUGUAUAUAUAUGACUUGAAUACAGAACUGUCCAUUUGUGAUGUUUUGCACUUGGGAGUCGAAUUUAAAGGAAAAAAAAAAGAAUAAGCCAAGUAAGUGAUGGUGAGGUGGGAGUUGUAUAGAGAAGAGUUUUAUCACAUCAUGUGCAUGGUGCGGAGCCUGCUGUUUUUAUCUAUUUAUUGUGCUGUGUUUACAGUUUAUUUUUUAUUUUCGGUUGUUUUUUUGUUUUGUUUUUUUUACUCUUUUUAUUUGUACACUGUACCUACGUUGGUUCAUGUGCUGUAGUAAGUGUUAGGUAGCUACAGACUCCUGGGUAUUUUUUGUAUAUUGUGAACACAAAGCAGGUCCCUCCGUCCUCCACAAUUCGCAUCCUUUUUUUUUUUUUUUUCCUGUGCUUUUUCUGUCAAUCAUGUGGUGACAUUACAAGCCAGAGGAGGAGCUUGAUGCACUCAGGUGCUCCCCCUAUUUUCCUGGUAACUUUCAUCAUCAUCAUCCGAAAUACAAGUAACAAACCAGGGGUGAAGUCUCUUCUGCCUCUGAUUAAAGCACUAUUUUUGUCCUUUUUUUUGACUUGUUUUUAAAAAAAAAAUCUGAUGCUGCUUUUUUAUUUUUUUAAAGUUUUUUUUUUUUUUGUCCUUCAUUUUCAUGCACGUUCCCUUUUUUCUAUUUGUUUCAUCCCUCAAGACAUUUUUGUAAAAACAAAAUUAUUUUUGUAUUUUUUUUUUCUGUUCUUGUGGUUAACUUGAUUGUAAUAUUUCCGUUUUUGUUUUCAUGUUUGAAAGGCUUCAUUUGUUGGUUGAUUUGUAACUCGUUGGUUGUUUUAGUGAUAAGGGAGACGAGUCAGCGGAAAAUAACUGUAUGUCAAGUUGUCUUUGAUGGUCGUGUGCAGAUUCCCCACUUGAAAGGUUCACUGAGUCCACCCAAAAAUACCAAUCUGGUUUCCAUACAAUGACCAAAACCUCCCCCCCCCCCCAAAAUUAUUUUUUCUUUGGUAGAUGCGUUAUUUUUCCGUUUUCUAAACACAUUCUGAUAAUGAGGAUUUAACUUAACUUAAAAAGGAAAAACAUUGCCAUUAAACAUAUGAAUGUACUUGAACUGACAUAUUAACUGUGAAGCAUGAAAACAUCAUUACAUGCUUUUUACCUAUUGCCCCAGAAUUUUAGUCGAUGUACAAACCAAGUAAAUGUGGUGGUUCACGCAGUAAAAAAUGAGAUAUCAGGGCUGUAACUUAUUUUCUUAAGUUUAAUUAUCACAUCACAUUUAUGGGUUUAAAACACUAUGUAAAAAAAAAAAAAA